AUGGUUGUCCAAGUUUGGGAUGAAUGGUUUUCAGGGGUUGCUUUCAUUGUGUACUUUCUUAAAGGUCUUCCUAGUGAAUCUCCUGCUCAAAGACUCCCGCUGACACCCAAGUCCAGGCAACAUUCCAAAGACCACUCCCCGGAAGAUUACUCGAGCAAGUCAGUCAGGUAUCUGUCUCUCUUGGAUUCCACUCCGUCUUUUCUCCUGCCCUCGGAUGCGGUGUCUACUCCACAUGGGGCGCCAUUCGUUCGGCCAAAACGCAGAGAUGCUGCUGGAAUGGGCAAUGGGAUUCUCACCGAGGAUCACCCACUACCAGCUAGGAAGAUUACGAAAGAUAUGAUACAGAGGUUGGAGAUGGCCUAUCCAAUGAAUGAGCUUAUGAGGGCGCUGUUCACAAGGCAACGAGAUCAGGUAGCCUUGUUGUGUCGAUACACGAUGGAGAAAAUGAACCAAUACCGUCGUUUGAUGACAAGGAUGCACAGCCUGAAACUGGACAACCAAAAAGUCAGAUCGACCGAGGCCAGGGUCACUGACCUCCAGGAUAUGACCUCUGACCUCAUUCGCCACUUUGAAGCAUCUCUCCAUGGCAACGACAGCGACAAGGCAGACGCUGUGAUCAGAGCAGAGAAAUGGAGCAGUCACAUGACCGAGGUGGCAGCAGAAGCGAGAGAGCUGAUUGGUUGGUGUGGGGAAUUAGGCAGUGUGGUACCAAUGCAUGAUGGGAAUGGUCACAUGACUACCUUGCAGUCACAGAUUGAUCAGGUCACCACUGUGAAGGCCGAUGUCAUGAGGUUGAUUAGUGUCACCGUUGGUUGGAAGGAAUCUCUACAGGCUGCAGAUGGAGGAGACACACCCACUCAUGCCAUGCAUAUUCAACAGAUGCAGAGCAGGGCCUCAGAUUGGUCCAGGGUGACCUAUGACCUACACUCAUUAGCCAAUGAGAGUUUGAUAAGCCCAGAUGAUCGCGAGCUUGCAGACAAACUGGAGCGUCUCAGCUUGAGCUGGUCCGUAGGUACCAAGGAGCUCUUAAUCACGUUUGAUGACAUCAUCUUGGGUCAAAGGUCAAGGGAGUUUGUUGGCGUGGUGACGGCAAUCAGGUCGGGGCAAGAAGAUCAGGUCAUGCAGGAGGUCAAAGGGCUCAAUGUGAGAUGUAAGAAGUUGAAAGAGCAGUCCAGAAAAGCAAUUACAAGUUGUGGCGAUGCUGCUAAAGAGUUGGACCUUAACAAGGCAUUGCAGGAGAUGGAGAAUUGUACAUCGUCACUCGCAACAUCUUCCAUUUCCAUGGCAACUGCUUUGAAGGGUCAGGGGUCAACAGUCGAUGGCUUCAGGCUCCAGAGGAUUGGUUUACUACAGAGAGAAUGGAUCGUUAAGACACAAGUAGUGGAGUGCAUGCUAGAAGGUCUAAUCAUUGAGAUGUUGAUACCGCUUGACCGACUGACCGGGACAGCUCUGGCCGCCAGACAAGCUCAAGGAGCAUCCAGACAGCAGAUCAUGGAGGAGUUCCAGGCCCAGGCCGAAGGGUUGACCCAGGCAGUAACGAAGAUCAAGAAUGACUGUGCUGUGCUACUCCAGGGAGUCUUCAACCUACCAGAGAAGGACACCAUCCUGCAGAGCACCGAUGCAUUGUCAAGGAUAACACCGGGGGUGGUUGCGAAGCUGAGGAUGAUAGCAGAUCAUUCUUCAAUGAGUUCCAAUGAUGAUCUGAUGAAUCAGAAGAGAGAAUGGGCAUGUAAUGCCAAGGCUCUUAUCCAAGGCCUUAAUAAUCUUCCAGGAGUCGAUUAUGCUUUAAAACAAGAGAUGACCCGGUCUCUGCUCCAGGAUCAUUCUCCGCCCCCCUCGUCAGCCUCCUCGACCAUCAUGUACCCCAGCCCAGGGGGAGGGGUGGGAGGCGGACUUGGGGGUACCUUUAACCCCCUGACCGUACCACAGCUCACCCCAGAGCAGUGGAGAGUCCUUCAGUCCUUACCCCAGCAUGGCCUUCAGUUGAUCCAGACACCAUCUGGAGCGGCUUCACCUUAUUACCAUGGCAACUUCCAUCAUCAUGUGACCUCUGGUAUGACCACGCCCAAUCAUCCUGGAGUAUCCCCGAGGCUUUUUGAACCCUCUUCAUCACCAAGACAACAAGUCGCUGCAUCUCAUGACCUUUCACCUGGUCGAUUACGGUCUCUACAUCAGAGUCAUCUCAGUGGGAGAGGAGCUGACGAUGAUCAGAAGACAUCGCCGACCAAGAAGUCUUCUCCCCAGUCGGAAGGGACACCAGGACCCUACAGAAGUCGAACACUGGGAGUGAAUGAAAUCACUAAAUCUCUGAAGCUGAAAUCUGCCAGUACAUCAAGCCUUCAUUCUCUAAAUAGUACUGCCAUGUCAGAAAGUGGAUCGGUGAAAUACUCCAACUCGAUUACCGCAGCAGCAUUGGCAUUACAACAAGAGACUGAUCGAUGGGAGGAUGACAAGAACGAAAUCAUCAAGGUGGCGAGGAUGAUGUCACAAAAGAUGAAAGUACUGGCCACGUUUGCUCGCAGACACUGCUGCAUGGAGGAUAAAGAGGAACUGGUUGCUACAGCUAAAGCGGUCGCUGCCAGUGGCUUGAAGAUUGCCAAGUUUGCUGACAUUAUUGCCAGGAACUGUACUGAUAAGAGGUUUGCCGAGGAGCUUCGAGACGAAGCCCAGCACAUUCCGACCUUUAGCACCCAGCUUGACAUCAUUGCCAGCGUGAAGGCCUCGACCCCGGAUGACCUGACCUCUAACGCUGCCCUGGUCAAGAAUGCUGAGAACCUCAUGACUGCGGUAGUCAGGACAUUGAAGGCUGCUGAAGUUGCUUGUGUGAAAGGCCUAAGAUCUGUGGAAAAUGAGGAUCAGAGCCAUGACCCUGAAGCACAGGAAGCCAAGGCUCUCACCAUGCAAUGGCAGAGAAAGCUCCAUCGUCAUCGACUCAUAGAGGCUUCUACCGAGGAUACAAACCAUCUCGGUCUGAGAAAGAUCAAGAAGAACAUUUCUGCACCCUCACUGAGUGAAAUUGUGAUGUCUUAAAGAUCGUCAAUACUACUGGGCCAGAAGGGAUUAGACCACACAGCGAGGUCACUGACA